CUGUUGUCUUCUUCCGCAAACAGACCUAGUACUUAAGGUCUGGACGUACGAGAAAACUGUCAUCCUAUUACGCGCCUAAAGGACACAAGGAUAUUAAUUAUUAAGCCGGCUACGUAUUAUAAUAUUGUUGGAGGUCUGAACGAAAACAUAGCGAGGUUUAUUGUGGCCAGUUGAAAUUGGACACCAUUGGCGUAACGUCCUUAGUUCAUGCGGAGGGAUACCGUUUUAGGACUGACAAUGUGGAGGUUGUUAAGAUGUCUACUCGAAGGAUGAAAUGGUUUCAAAUGUAGCGACAAAAAGAGACGCGUACGAUUUGUAGAGUUUGUUUGGAUGCAGCAAGAUUGCUUUUCGUUAAAUGACGUGGAUUGUGUAACACACCAAGAGCGACGGAGAAAAGAAGAUACUGUCGCUCGCUUCUCCGCCGCCUUUGAAACGCUGGUGGGAAAUUAUCUUCAAGUUUAUGUUUUUCCUAUAGGACACCCUAUCUUUUUUAACUGUUGGAUGCCAGACAUUUGAAAAAAAAGAAAAAAGAAAAAAAGGGUACUGAUUGGCCAACACCCAGUGGGAUGAACCCGCAACAGGAACGGAUGGCUCCGGUGGGGACAGACAAGGAACUGAGCGACCUGCUGGAUUUCAGCGCGAUGUUUGCGCCCCCGGUGGCCAACGGCAAGAACAGACAGAUGACUCUCACUCUCGCCAGCAGCCAGUUUGGAGGAUCAGGUUUGGACGAGCGAAGUGGCUCCUGGGGUCCUGGAGAACAGAACAGCCCGUCCUUCAACCAGGGCCGGCAGUAUGGGGAGGAGUCUCAUUACAGUGACCAUGACGGUCUGACGGCCUCUCCCUUCCUCACCCAGGGCAUGGGUAAAAAUGAGCGUGGUUCCUACCCCUCCUCCUUUGGGGCUCAGCCCGGGUUCCUGCCGGAUAUGGCCAUGCCCAGCCCGGAUGCCCGCUCCCCCUACUCCUCGUAUCCCAGCAAUGCCAGGCGGCGCCCCCCGGAGGGCCCCAUGGACUCCCAGCCCAAAAAGAUCCGGAAAGUUCCCCCUGGCCUGCCCUCCUCGGUCUAUGCCUCCACCUCAGGAGAGGACUACAGCCGGGACAGCGCCGGAUACCCCGCCUCCAAGUCCAGCAUGGCCUACCCCAGCCCCUUCUACAUGCAGGACUCCUCCUCCGAUGUCUGGGGCCAAUCGCCAUACCUGGGCAACCCACCAAUCAUGAGCCAGCAGGGCCCCUUCCCUCCAAUCAGCCACCACCAGGACAGGAUGAAGAGGCAGCCCAUGCCCUCUCAGAACUACCCCCUUCACAACAGCGAGGUCAAUGGCGGCUUCCACUCUGGGUCGGGGGGGUUUGGCGUCUCCAACCACACGCCCCCAAUCAACGGAUCAGAUGGCAUCAUGGCCAGCAGAGGCACCACGGGCAGCUCCGGGGCAGAGGUCGGGAAGGCCCUGGCGUCGAUCUAUCCUGCCGACCACAGCAACAGCAACACCUCCUCCACCCCCUCCACCCCGGGCGGGUCCCCCCAGGGCAUCACAGCUGCUGCAUCCCAGUGGUCUAGAGGUCCUGGCCCUGCCCUGUCCCCCAACUACGAGGGGGGUCUACACGCACUGCAGAGUAAGCUGGAGGACCAGCUGGGCGAGGCCAUCCACGUGCUGAGGAGCCACGCGGUGGGCCAGGGGCCCGGCGGGGGGGUCCCCGACCUGCAGAGCCUGCUGCACAGCGGGGGCCUGGGGGGGCUCGUGCAGGCCUUCCCCAACAGCGGCCUGUCGCUCGGCAACCGCCACGCUGCCAUGGUGAAUAAUCACCAUGACGACUCAGGCCUGUCCCCCAGCGGGCCCCUGCUGCAGGGUCACCACGCCCCCGUCUCCACACAGCCGCCCGCCUCCCUGUCCGACCUUGCCCGCCAACCGGAGGGCUUCAGCGGUGGGACGGGGGCCCGGUCCACGCACUCCUCCAGCGGCGACAUCAAGAGGGAGGACAAGGAGGAUGACGAGAACUCCUCCGCCGACAAGUCCGAUGACGAGAAGGGGGGAAAGACCCGGAGCAGGAGCAGUCUGGACGACGACGACGAGGAUGACGAGGACCUGCCGGUGGAGGUGAAGGCGGAGCGGGAGAAAGAGAGGCGGGUGGCCAAUAACGCGCGUGAGCGUCUGCGCGUGCGCGACAUCAACGAGGCCUUUAAGGAGCUCGGCCGCAUGUGCCAGCUGCACCUGACCAAUGAGAAGCCCCAGACCAAACUGCUCAUCCUGCACCAGGCCGUUAAUGUCAUUCUCAACCUGGAGCAGCAAGUGCGAGAGCGGAACCUCAACCCGAAAGCGGCCUGCUUGAAGCGGCGGGAGGAGGAGAAGGUUUCGGGCGUGGCGGGGGACCCCCAGAUGCCCCUGUCGGGGGGCCACCCUGGUCUCCCCGGCGACGGGCACAACCCCGUCGGCCACAUGUAAACGCACAGAUCCUGCGGAACUCUCUAGGCUCACAGAAGCAGUGGCCUUAACAUUCUUCCACCCUUCAUCUCACAGCGAGUGUGCCAAACACACACUGCCUGUGUAUAUACAAGUAUAUAGACACACACUCACACACACACACACUCACACACACUCUCACAAUCGCACACUGCCAAAACUGCCACACUCAUAACCCUAAUAACCAGCUCAAAUGUGAGUAAAUUUUGUGUAUGUAUGUUUGGGUAUAAGUAUGUGUAUACACAUACAUAUAUGCAUACCGACAUGUGUAUGGGCAAACAGUACACCCACACACACAAUGUACACACUGCUUCCAUGUUGAUAUGGAAUAUAUGGAGCGGAGAGUCCAACUGCAAAAUGACUGACAGACUCUCCAAAUCAGAUGCCUGACAAACGUGUGUGUGUGUGUGUGUGUGUGUGUGUGUGUGUGUGUGUGUGUGUGUGUGUGUGUGUGUGUGUGUG